UGCCUCAUGCUUUGCCUUUCUCUCUUUUACUUGAAAAAAGAUUGAUUUUUUUUAAGCAUCGCCUGUGUGAAAAUUAAGAUGCAUUGAUCCUCUUUUUGUAUAAAACCCCCCUCCAUUUAUGAUAAAUGCUGAUAUGUAUUCUUUAAAUUUCCCUCCUUUUAAUGCAUUAAGCUGAAUUUGUGUUGAGCUUCAUAUGAAAAGAUAAGUUGUGAUUAUAGAGGUGUAUUGCGUUAGUUGAUUGAAUGAUUUAGAAAAACAUGGGUGGUGGAAUUGGGGGAGGGAGGGUGGAGGUGAUUGAUGCUAAGGGGUGUUCGAGGCUGUUCAUGGAUUUUUCUUCCUCAUUCAGAGGAAUCCCCACAUUUUCUUUGGAGCCUCCGUCUGAAAGUCCGGUUAAAACUGUGAAAAGGAAAGGUCCUUUCUCCGGCCUUGUCAUUUGCGUGACGGGGCUCUCUAAAGAAACAAGGAAGCAGGUGAAGGAAGCAACAGAGAGAUUGGGAGGUCACUAUAGUCCUCAUCUCCAUCCUCGCUGCACUCACUUGGUGGUUCAGAUAUCCUCUCUUAGUGCACGUAUUAGUAUCUUUCAUGGAUGUAAGUUUGAGCACGCUAUGCAACACGGAACUACUAAGGGUUUACUCCUGGUAACAAUUGGGUGGUUUGUGGAUAGUGUCAAGAGGAAUGUUAGGCUGAAAGAAACACUGUACAGUGUUAAUAGCAUUGGAGAUGAUGGUUUAGCAAUUAUCGACUUCAAACGGCUUGAUCAAAGCUCUGGUGCAGAAAAUUCGUGUCUGCCUUCUGGUUUACUGAAGCAUACUAAACAAUCCGACCUCUGUGGAGCUCCUGGUUCCCAGUUUUCAGAGAGGGAGAGAAAAAGACACUCUACUUCGUCAUCCUUUUCCGGUCAAACCUUUUACGUUGAUGUAGAUGUACCAGCAGAACUUCUCAGUAAGGUUUCUGAGGCUCUCUCUGCUGAAGGUGCUAUCUUACUAGAUCAAUGGUUUGUUGGCUGCAAUGCUACUUAUGGCGCGACUAGGGUGACUUGUUCUGCCGAAAAAACCAGUUAUGAAGAGAGGCGAAUGAAGGUGAGCCUAGCCAAAGAUGGUCUCAGAAAGUGUCAGAACCAUCAAAUGCAGAUUCACAUUGUUGUGAUAGAAAAAAAAUCCGAGGCUUCGUUUGUGAACUUGUCUCGACCCCUCACAGAAAGCGUGAAGUCCGAGUUAAUACUAAAAGGACGUUUCCUCACGAUCAUGUUCCCUGUCGACCGGUUCUCUGAGAUGGGACCUUGUGCAAGGACAUUCUUCAGCAACAAAGGGUUUACAUGUAUGCAGGUGUUGGAUUAUAUCUAUGCAUUUUACCAGGAGAAUAUGUCUAGUGAGGAAAUAGAACUUGCCAUCUACACAGACUCGAGACACGCUGACCGACUUAGGUCCAUCUACUCGAGCAAGGAAACAGCAGAGCGCGGUUAUGUAGAAUUCAGACGGAUUGAUUUUCUUGGCAGUCGGAGGAGUUUUGAAAUGUUGAAACGCGUACAAGGCGACAAUAAUAGUAACCUGUACGAGUUAUUGAUCCGAGCAUGAGCUGCGUGUUCUUGCCAUUCAUCGCCUCUGCUAAGAGAUUUGAAACAAGGGAAGGGACAUAUAUAUAUAUAUAUAGGGAUGUGAUCAUAUCAUAACUAAUAUUUAUGGUAAUAACCUAAUAACCCUCAUUUUAUGGACGAAAAAUAUCAU